AUGCUGGAUCAUGACACUGCAUGGAACUUUGCGCUUUCCGGGACUGAAGAAGUUUUUGGACACCCCAUCAUCGGUGAUUGGUGCCGGGAGGCUCCUGCGACAAGACACGAAGACAGAUCGGACCGCGGGACGAGCGCGACGCCCUGCCUCACCACAUCACCCGGCUCGACAGGCGCAAGCACAGAGCUCAGCGACCUGUGGAUGGGCAGCUGCAGAAAUCUCGAGGAGGAUGUACUGAACGCUGCUGCAGUACCGCUCGGCUGCGAAGAGGCAGCAAGUCCGUCUACAGCAAUCAAUGGCUGGUUCAACACUGUAGGAAGGAUGGACCAGCUGCCAACGGAACCCGUUCCAGCGUUUGCCAUGGACCUGGAGAUGCAGACCGGAUGCACAGGUGUCGCCGUGCCGUCUGAGACAGGCCUGGCCUCACCACCUUUGGGCGCGCUCGCAGACGACACCCGCACCCUUUUCGGAUCGAGUUUCUUCAGUCUCUAG